CAGACAAGAGAGACGCUUCAGCUGGUGUGGAGCUCCGUGUGGACCCACCGAGACAAAAGCACCGAGAGCUUCCACUCACGAUCGCAGGCUCUUCUUUUUCUCCGCCUGUCGUUUUGUGUCGUUUGGAUUAAGAGCUGAUCCUGGAGCAGCGUUUUCCCGAUGGUGAUCGGAUACUUGACCUGGUGAUUGUUCACGCUAGCGCCAUGAGUGGGCUACUCAAGAGGAAGUUUGAGGAGGUGGAUGAGGACCCGGCCUACUCCUCCCCAUCCCCCUCAUCCCUGUCCUCCGCCUGCUCCGGCUGGGACUCCGAGGGGGAGAGCUGCUUCUCUGACACCCUGGAUUCCACUCCCAGCAACCCCGGUUCCCCGGCAACAAACUUCACCACUACGUCCAUCCUCAAGAAAUCCAAGCGAGCGCGACGCAGCAACGUGACCUUUGACCAGGUGACCGUCUUCUUCUUCCCACGGUGCCAGGGCUUCACCAGUGUUCCCAGCAGAGGUGGCUGUACUCUGGGCAUGAUGCAGCACCACAGCGCUCUGCGCACCUACACGCUGGCGGAGUUUGCUGUGGAGCAGCGGGCGCUGCGCCGGGAAAAGCUGCUAAACCGGCUCAGGGAGGAAAAGCUGGAGGCACUGAAGCUUAAGCUGACCAAGAACGGAACUCAAGACAGCGAGGAGGCCGAGCGACUGACCGUGGACGACAUUCCAGAGCAAGACAUCGACAUCAGCACGACCAACUUGGAGGAAGGUUCUUUUCUGCAGCCGUACCCAUCCAAACGCCGCUACGCUCUCCUCAAGGCAGCGGGUGUCAAGAAGAUCGACAAGGAGGAGAAGAGGCAGCUGCACGAGCUCAGGCUGUCCAGAGAGAACUGUGGCUGUGACUGUCAGGGUUUCUGUGAGCCGGAGACCUGCAGCUGCAGCCUGGCAGGAAUCAAGUGUCAGAUGGAUCACUCGUCUUUCCCAUGUGGCUGCACUAAAGAUGGCUGUGGCAACACAGAAGGCCGAGUUGAGUUUAACUCCACCCGUGUGCAGACGCAUUACAUCCACACCAUCAUGAAGCUGGAGCUGGAGAAGAGACUGGAGGAGCAGUCCAGCACGGAGGAGGAGCAGGAAGAGAAGGGAUGCGUUCACUCGGUCCCUGCCACGCCUUCCUUUACCUUCAACUCGGAGCUGGCGGCGGGCGGAGAGAACAGCUGUAGCAGUGACAUGACAGACUUGUCGGACUCUUCGGGCCACAGCGAGGACUCGGAAGUCGCGGAGAACCGGUGCGACAACCGGACGCAGCUGGACGUUGGCGAAAAAGGUCUCAGUCGCAUUCUCAGCUUCAGUGAAGUUGAAGAGGCCGAGGAUCAGGGCGGCAAUGUUGCUAAGCAGGAGCAGCCGUCCACGGAGGCGUUCAGUAGCUUUAGCAUGGCGGACUUUGCUGACGAGAACGAUAACGUAGACGUGGAACUGCUGGAGGACCACACAGACAACAGAGCCAUUUCAGAACUUUUAGACGAGAACGCAAACCAGGGGAACGCUUUGUUCCACAGCAGCAGCGUCCCACACACGCCCUCGCCCACCGUAGACAGAAUGGCAAGCUACAACAUGGACCUCAGCCUCUCUUCUGAGUCAGACUUGGAGUUUUUCGACGGCUUUCCCUGUCUCGGGCCCACUUCGCUUUACAAUUCCCUGAAGGAGUACGAACACAUGGACAACUUCUUUCAGUUUCAGUUUUCUAGUUACCCGAAUGCACCCCCUGCCGCUGACCCCGGAACCUGCCUGCUGGAGUCGCUCAUCGGCCUUUCUGAAUCCGUCCCAGAACCCCCCACCACAUUCACAGACAAUCAGUUGCUAGAGGAAGCCAUGAAACUGUCUGUAAUGGAAUCUGUGAAAGUCUGAAAAAUCCGUGGAUGUAUUUUGCUGGGGGAGUGUACGUGCACAUACGAUGUCAACACUUUUUUUUUUUUUUUCUUUUUGGAGGAAAGCUGUGAUUUCCCCGUCUGCCUGACACGUGUGUAGACUCCAAACUUGCCUUCAAAGCAGUUCUGAGGCUGGGUUGCUAUGUGAGUUGGCAGCUAGAAGUGAAUAAGAUGCAAAACAUCGAUCAAACCUGUGAGUGAAUCUCUCACUUCCUAAGAAAGCUCUUGUAACCAAACCAGAAACGCCAACCCUGAAACAGGAUUAACUUUUGGGGGGAGGUUAGUGUCCACACGGCUGAAUGUGCACCUCAGGGAUUUUUAUCUAGCUUUUUGGGGAGUCCUCAUGCGGUGACUAUUGCAGUAAAGGGCAUGUUCUUCCUGCCUUCAAGGGAGCUUGAGUUGGAACUUGGGCCGCGGUCACGUCGCAAGUCAUUUGGUUUAGGAAACUGUUGGAGUUAAGAAAAAUUCUUGUGAAUUUGAUGCAUAAAUUGAAGUUCAAAUCUGAACCUCCAACAUCACAUCUAAACCCAACGCGUUGAAUGGUCUACAACACUUGUAGUCCAGCGUGAAGAAUAUGGGAACACUAAUUCUAAGAUGAUGCUACAUGACCUCAUCCUUGUCACGUGACCGUGGGCCCAGUCCUCCGCUAGUCUCCUCCGACUCGUCGUUGAUGUCUCCAACGGGUCUUACAUGGUACAAAAAUCCCUCUAAAAUCUCAUCAGUGAGCACUUUAUCUGUGAAAAUGUAUGAAUUUAGGCAUUGUUUGGGUCGGGGAUGGCCGACUCAGCGUUUCUGAACAACAUGUUUAUCUAGGAGAAGUAAAAAAAGGAAAAAAAAAAGCUCAUACCGUAAUCACCUAAAGGAACGUUGCCUUCACUGUCUUUCUAUUAAAUUAUUUCCUUUACCAUCUUUUUAUUUUUUUUUCUAUAAUUUAUUUUCACAGAACUUUCAUUUCAGAUGCAGCACUGUGGUUUGAUAUUUUCACCUGGAAGUGCAAUGUUCUAAUUUUUAUGUUCCAUAUCGCAUAUUUAAUAUCUAAUACAUUUAACUUUAGUAACUUAUCUUAUUAUUUCACGCGUUAUUUAAUGAUCAGAUGGCAAUAAUGAGCUGUUUAACUGGAUGUGCCUGAUUGUGAAGGGAGUCAGGCCGACCAGCGGUGUGUGUGUGAGUGUGUGUGCGCACGAGCGCACGCACGCACACACAUGCACGGUGCUUCCAUGUGAGCUUUGGGACUGAAAACUGUGGAAUCUCCCGAAUCACUGAAAUUAAAUUAUGGGUCUAUUAUAUUGCUGCCUAAUGAUGUAGACAAAUGACACUAAUAUUUUGUAACUUAUGUAGCUGAACCAGAGAAUUCUAAUCACUGACAAAUUGAAUAUUUUAUUAAGAAAGGGGUAAUUUUCAAUCUGGGACGACCUUUGUUAUAAUAUAUAAGAAGUAUUUAUGAGGGCUCUCCUGCAUUCUGAAGUAUUUUAAUAGGCAGCCUGGAUAGAUAUCUUAAACAGAAAGAUCAAUUUGAUUGUACUCUGAAUAUUUUGGAAGUUUGUGACUCGGGUUACAGUGUGUAACCACUUAAUCAUGUACAAAAGGCCUUUGUGGAUAAAAACUGCAUAUAUUAUACAAUUUUUAUCGUGCACACGAAGCCUGAAUAUGAAGAGAUGCCUCCUUUAAUUGUAGAACAAAAUGUGUUCAAAGGUGUGAGGGACGCGAGUCGGUGUACAUAUCUCACUCUUUCUACUGCUGGUUCUUCAGCCUUUCCAACCAUGCAUGCAGGUCCUGUUUGUUCAAACUCAGUCAUUGUAUAUGUGCUGACGUGCACAUCGGAAAUGUAUUAUUCGCUUUUUGCCUUUUCAUUACUUUGGAAAUCCAUUUCUGGUGUCUCGGCGAGAGUGCCCCUUUUCCAGAUUUGUUUGUAUAAAAGAAGCUAUUCUCAAGAAGAACUGUCAACAGUGAGUGUCUAUCGAUGAAAUGUAUUACAGUACAGCUUUUUUAAUUUAAAAAUCAACGUGUCUUAUUUUAUUUGCCUUUUGCGUUGUACAUACUUCUGCUUGAAUGGUCCUGCCGAGCAAACAAAGCUGCUUAUUUUUUACACCUUCUCACUUCAAACUUGCUGUUAACAGUUUCUGUCAUCCAAGCCAUUUUGCCCGCCUGUCCCUCCAAGUAAUAAUUAAAAAAAAAGUUUUUCUAAAGUUUGUCUUUGUCUGUUCUAUUCAUUCAAGUUUUUAUGGGCAUUCCCAUGAUUCCCUUCAUUGGG